CACUUGAAACGUGGCUUGAGGUCGUGUAAGACAGUAAACACGAUUCUUCAACAUGGGGAAUCAUACCAUCCCGAUUGCAAUACAGAGUGCCUCUGUGAUGAAGGUGUACUUCUUUGCAAAGAUGUCUGCGAUGGAAACUGCCACUCCUGUGGACAAGCUCAUGUAAAUACUCUCUACCAACCUCCUGUCCAAGAAAGUUUGUGCAAAUCUCAGCCCCCUAUGACAACCCAGUGGACCCCCUGCAGCAAAACCUGCGGUCUUGGAGUAUCCUUCCGUAUAUCAAAUAACAACACAGAAUGCCGCAAUCAGACAGAUACUCAACUUUGUCAUUGGAAACCCUGUAAAGAGAUUCCGUCUCGUCGCUGCGCUCCCACAAAACGAGUUAGACAACCGCAGACAUUCCGGCUUGUCAUCGUAGACAACGGGACGAGGCAGGUUUCAACAAGCAGUGGAAAGCAAGGUAUAACAGGCGACUCCUCGAGUAAAGCACCGUCUAUCGUUGUUUGCGAAGGUGUCCGAAAGUACCGUCCGAAGUACUGCGCACCUUGUGAUAACCCCGAAGCCCGCUGUUGCGUACCAAUACUCACCAAAACGGCACGAAUUAGUUUUCGCUGCUCUGAUGGUCGAUUAGUGCAGCAUAAUCUGGAGUGGAUCAAAAGAUGCGCGUGCCACCCAUCUUAUUGUAAAUACAUAUAUCCCCACCUUUAG